GUGUUUUGUCUGUGCUCGCCAGAGCACUGCAACAGUUUCACACUGAGCAUCAGCAAAGCAGUGGAAGAGCAAAGAAGAGGAAACCGAAAAGCAAGAGAAGAGCAGAGAAAACGGGAGUAAGGAAUUGUUUUCAUAUGAGAGAGGGAGUACAGGACUGUCUGUAUAUGACAGAGAGGGAGUACGGGACUGUCUGUAUAUGAUAGAGUCAAUGAGAGAGGAAGUACGGGACUGUCUGUAUAUGACAGAGUCAAUGAGAGAGGGACUACAGCAGAUUAAAGAAAAGGAGGAGGGGAUGAGAAGAGUGUGAGAGCGGUGGAUAGAGAGGGAAACAGUGGGUUAUAGAGCUGGAAUGCGCUGACAUUAAGGACCUGGCUGUUUAUAUAUGCAUUUGGCCCAGCACCUUCUGCCGAGCCACAGGUUUGAGCACACACACACACAAACAGACACGCACACACACACACACACACACACACAGCUCUGUUUGCUUUGGAGGAUAAGCCCAGGAGGCCCUGUCAGCAGAAGAGUACACCUUCCAGGGAGCUGUUAACUUUUCCCGCCCCCCUCUCUCUCUCUCUCCUCCUUCUCCCCUUCUGCCUUCCCAAAUGUACCCUCCUCCCUCUGGCUGCCCAACCCAGCCUACCUGCUCCAGUCAGGACUCGCAGAGCCCACACACACCGAGAAGCUGGAGUACUCUACUGUUUACCACGGACCUGGCACGAAAAGAAUCUAAGAGAGACAGAUAGACUGAGAGUCCCAGACACCCAGCCUUCCACUGACUUCCAGCAGGAUGUCUAAAGCUUCACGGCUGGCUCGACCAUCCUCUGCCGGGGCGGGCUCCAAGGUGUCGUCCUCCCGUAAGGAGGCUCCUGGUGGGGCUCGAGCCCGGGUGGUGAGUGUAGGGGAGAAACUGAUGAGGGCCGGCAGCGACGGGACCCUGACCAAGCAGAGGGGCCUGGCUGCAGCCGCCCCACCUGCACUGCAACAGGCGGACAAACAGCAGUCCCAGAUGCAGUCUCAGACUCAGAGCCAGUCCCAAAGCCAGGCACAGACUAUGGACAUGGUGGCCCAACCCAAGAGCAGAAUCAGCCCACCUAAAGCCUCAGCUCUUCCACAGGGCUCUAUGCACAAGCAAACCAAAAGCAACCUAAAGGUGACCUCCCCGGAGGACUCCGAGCACCUGAGCAGGAGGCAGGGCCCCCCGAAUGGGACCCCCACCCGGGCCCAGGACCCCAAAAGUAACAGCAGCCGCAACGUCCCCCGCAGGCACACGUUAGGGGGGGCACGCAGCUCCCGAGAGAUCCUGGCCAUGCAGCCCUCGGACAUGGACAAGAAGCGGGAGGCCUUCCUGGAGCACCUGAAGCAGAAGUACCCUCACCACGCCUCGGCCAUCAUGGGCCACCAGGAGAGGCUCCGGGAACAGGUUAGUGACGAACAGAGCAGAAGCCCUAAACACGGCCUUAGCAGCUCCAGUGUAGGGGACCAGGCUGAGCACCUCUCCCUGGCCUCCCUGGAGUCUCUGGACACCAUGUCAGAGGCUGAUGCCCCCACCACCUUCACCAGAGGCAGCCGCUCCCGCGCCAGCCUGCCCGUAGUGCGCUCCACCAACCAGACCAGGGACCGCUCACUAGGCGUGCUGUACCUGCAGUACGGAGAGGAGACCAAGCAGAUCCGGAUGCCCAAUGAGAUCACCAGCGGCGACACCAUCAGGGCUCUGUUUGUGAGUGCCUUCCCCCAGCAGCUCACCAUGAAGAUGCUGGAGUCUCCCAGUGUGGCCGUCUAUGUCAAAGAUGACAUGAGGAACAUGUACUACGAGCUUACUGACGUCAGGAAUAUCACGGAUCACUCCUGCCUGAAGGUGUACCACAAGGACCCCGCACAAGCCUUCAGUCAUGGCCCGAGACCCACCAACGGCGAUGCCAGGAUGCACAGAGAGGUGAUGUAUGGCAGCAGAGAUGGCCAGCACCCCCCAAUGCGACAGCUCUCCAUGGGCCCCCCUCAACACCACCCCAUGCAGGGCUCCCUGUCCCCACCCACGGCCCACUCCCUGCCCCCCUCGCCCUCCCGGAUCCCCUUCGGCCCGCGCCCGGGGGCCAUGCCCGGCACUGCCACCAUGCCACGGGAGCGCAUUUCCAACGCCACCCCUCCCGCACGAUCCGUGUCCCCCUGCCCCAGCGCCAUCCUGGAGAGGCGGGACGUCAAGCCCGACGAGGACCUGAGUGCUAUGAGUCCCAGCCUAUUGAGGGGUGGAGAGGGGCUGUACGCUGACCCAUACUUGCUCCUCAACGAGGGGAGGAUGGGUCACGGCCUUGCCCAUGGAGGGCACCCUCCUGCUGGGGACAUUGUGGACCAUGGCAGCCUGGCUGGAUACCACCGUGUCUCCAUCCGCUCCACAGGCUCCUACAGCGGGCCCAGCCCCACCGAGGCCAUGGAACAACCGUCACUCUACCGCCAGAAGUCCAGGAAGUAUGGAGACAGCCAGCUGCCUACACUGGGCUCCAAGACCCCACCCCCCUCACCCCACAGGAUGGCAGAGGUGAGGAUGAUUGACAUCCACGGGGCGCCACCCCCUCCCAGCGGCAUUCCCCAAGAGCGCUCCUCGCCCGUUCGCCAGUCCUUCAGGAAGGAGGAAGUGGUGAAAAGCAGAAGCAACAUGGCGUCUCCAGUUGUCCCGGACCUCCAGGGUGGUCACGGCCCUAUCCCGCCAGCCAACGACCCACAGACACGAGAGCGAAUGAAGGCUAUGGAGCAACAGAUUGCCAGCUUGACUGGUCUUGUUCAGCAUGCACUUUUAACGUCCCCAAACACUAGUGGCACCAACGAGGCUCUCAGCGAACGACCCAUGAAGACAUCAAGACAAGCGUCUCCGGUUCAGAGUGCACACAGUGCAGGAGGUUCCCCUAUCCUAGCACCCAAAAGUGCCGCACUCCCCUCUGAGAGUGGCUCCACCCCUGCACUACCAGGCUCUGCCCCCUUUCAGGCCAACCUGUUCCAGUUCAAGAAGAACGUCUCGGACCUUCGGGUGCAGCUCCAUCAGAUGAGACAACUGCAGCUCCAGAACCAGGAGGCUCUAUGUGUGCAGCUGAAGCGGGCUGAGCAGGAGAUCAGCAUAAAGUUGGUGGAGGCCAUGAAACAUCUGGACGACCCGGUCCAGAGACAGAGAGCCCUGGUGGAGGAGGACAGACGCGAGUACCUGGGCUUGGAGGAGAGAGUACUCAACCAGCUAGAGGAACUGGAGCAUUACGUGGACACUCUGAAGAGGGAGACCAGCUCGGCGGGGGCUCACAGAGCUGUGACAUUGAAGCAUGUGGAAGAGGGGGCUGUUAGCCUCAGGAGAGUGGGAGAAUCUCUGGCAGGACUCAGAGGAGAGUUCCCGCCACUGCAGACCAGGAUGCGUUCUGUCCUGAGGGUGGAGGUGGAGGCAGUUAAGUUCCUCAAAGAGGAGCCCCACAAACUGGACAGCAUGCUGAAGAGAGUCAAGUGCCUCACGGAGACACUCAGCAGCCUGAGGAGAUGUGCUACAACCCCAAUAGAGAGCAGCCCGGCCACCAGCACCAUGGUGGACCCAGACCGCCCAGCGGAGCCUCCAGCCUCCCCCUCGGCCCUGCCCGAGCCCCAGAUCUCCUCCAUCAGGUCUGAGGUGGUCAUGCCCUCCUGCCCUAUGGUCAUCCACCACGUCCAGAGCUCUCCGGUCCACAUUCAGCAGUCCCAGCAGUCUGCAGCCCUGCUGGUCCAGCCCAGUCCCCCAAUAACCCCCACCCACAGCCAGGGCCGGGACUCCCCCAGCUCAGCCAAGGGCUCCACAGGCACCGCCUCGUCCUCCAACUCCAACCCCUCCAGCCAGGGGGGAAGCCCUGCCCAGCAGAAGAAGACCCCUGCUGCCACUGCUGCAGCCAACCAAGAGCUGCACACCCAGGCUCUGGUCAAUAACGGCAGCAAUGGGACAGGGAACUUCUUCAUCGAGGAGAUUCACACCAAGAGCAGCAAGAGCAAAAACAGGGCCAUGUCUAUAAAGGCAGCAGAGAAGGAGUGGGAGGAGCGGAGGCAGAACAUGGGUCACUAUGAUGGAAGGGUGUUUGAGAGGAUCCUGGAUGAGGCCCAGGCCAACAUGAUGAAGGGCAUCCCCUGUCGGGAGGUGCCGAGCGAGGGGGAGGCCUCUGCAGUGACCCCUGCUGCCCUGGAGGACCAAGUGGAUGCCCCAAAGCCUGUGGCACCAACCACGGAAGAGACUCCGCCUGAGGAGCCCAGCUCAGAGAAACCAGCCAUAGCCAAGCCUGCUGGUCCUGGGAAACUCCCCAAGCCGGUACUAGAGAAGCCCACAGACAAAGUGGGCAAUGUCAGCUUAGAAGUCAGCAAGUCUCCUCCCCCUCCUCCGCCCAGAAAGACCUUCUCCAGCUCUGGAAUGACCACCACUCGGUCUGGAGAGGUGGUCUACACCAGCAGGAAUGAGUCUGCCUCGGGACAGGAGGAAGAGGAGGCUGAGGUCCCUGCUGCCCAGCGCAAACCCACCAAGAUCCCCCCAGAGACCACGCCUUGCACCCCUGCCCCCGUUGCUGCCUCAGCCAUCCACGAGGAGGAGGAGGACGACGAAGAGGGGGAAAAAAUCAUGGCAGAGCUCCAGGUCUUCCAGAAGUGCACAGUUAAGGAUGUAGGGGUGAAAAGUAGUGUGCUAGAGACACACCCAACUCGAGUUGAGCCCCAGAUCAGAGAGCUAAGACCCGGGGCCUUAUUGCCCCUCAAAGAGAAAAAGCAGAGCUCUGAGAACACUCGUGAGGACAAAGAUCCCAACGCGGAUGAAAACGGGAACACCACCCCUCUUCGUCAGAGCCCUGGGGUGAUAUACUAUGUAACUGGGCAGAUCUCCAAAGAGCAGCCACCACCCCUGGCCCCAGUGGAGGAGGCUCCUGAAUGCAGAGACAACCCAACACUGUCCCCCUCACAGGUGUCAAAUGUGAAUGCUAAUGACAAUUCUCCAAGACAGCAGCCACAGCAGCCGAAACCGAAACCCCAGCAGUUAGGGCCACCUAUAUCUCCCAAGCCUCUGUUCUUGAAUUGCCCCAGCCCUCUGUCUCAGAAACAGGUGGUGAGCUCAGAGUCGUUGAAGACCAGCCCAGGAGUGGUAGAUGGGGUUCUGGAAAGCCCAACGGCCAACACUGUAGAUAAGCCUCAGAUAAGCACAGUCAAGAGACUUGAGUCUCCAGUCUCCUCAGUCAUCCAGGAGUCCAGCAUUUCACUUAGAAAGAGUGUUGUGUUGCCCGCUGCAUUGCCUAAAGUUUCUCCACCAAUCACCAUAACAGAGGCUCCUAAGGCAGUGGCGUCGCCCACAGAGAAGGCCCUUAGUGAGGCCACCAAUCAACCCAGAGAUCAGCCCAGACCCAAGUAUGAGGAAGUGGAAGAGGAGGCCUUCCUGAGCCCUGACCUCCCUGGUGAGGAAGGCCCUCCGCCCCCAGACAACAUCGCCUUCAUGAUCACCAACACCAAGGUCCAGGCCCUGUCCUGUGGGGAAUACCAGGAUCUGGUCAAUGCCAAACGGGGAAUCCAGACUGUGACUGUGGGUGGGGGGCCUGGGAACCGGGACAUGACCCACACUACCCCGGGUGGCGACGGAGGCAGCUCGGUGGGGUCACAGGACGACAGCUUCAACAACAAGAAGCCGGUCAUCAUCAUCUUUGACGAGCCCAUGGACAUCCGCUCGGCCUACAAGCGCCUGUCUACGGUGUUUGAGUGUGAGGAAGAGCUGGAGAGCAUGCUGGCCGCGGAGCGCAUAGACGAGGAGGAUGAGGAGUUGGAGGAGACAUGGGGGAGCAGCGGUGGACUGCAGGUAAAGGUCGGGCCCGAGGGGGGAGAGAGGGUGGCUGGUCCCACGGCCAUCAAGGUCCCCAGCGACGCUCUUUGCUCUUCCAGUACUGACUUGUCGCACUCUUCCUCCUCGUCUGCGGAGCUCGCCGAGUCGUCCAGCGACGGCAAGCCAGACGGGAAGAAGAAGUUCAAGUUCAAGUUUCCCAAGAAGCAGCUGGCCGCUCUGUCGCAAGCCAUCCGCACAGGCACCAAGACAGGCAAGAAGACGCUGCAAGUGGUGGUGUACGAGGACGAGGAGGAGUCGGACGGCACGGUCCGACAGCACAAGGAGGCCAAGAGGUUUGAGAUCCAAAGCCGCUCCAAACAAUCUGUUCUUCCAGCAGACAUGACACCCAAGGCCCAGGCUCCAACUGUAGUAAGGCGGGAGCAUUCAGAUUCCCAAGGCAGGACGGACGAGAUCCGGAAGAGCACCUACAAGACCCUGGACAGCCUGGAGCAGACCAUCAAGCAGCUAGAGACCACCAUCAGUGAGAUGGGCCCCGCAAGGCCCCACCAGGAGGAACCAGUGAGGAGUGCAGCCAGCGUGGAGCCCCUGGCUGGGUGUGUCUCGAGUGGGGAGAGUGAAGGCCUGAAGAGGUCCUUAUCACUCCCUUCUAAGAGUUCACUCCCAAAGGUCCCCCAGCCCAAUAAGGCCUCCUCUCUGAGGAAGAAGACCAAACCUCAGCUCCUCCCCAGGCCAGCCACCCUACCCACCACCACCAUCACCCCCAGCCAACAGAACGCAACCAGUGUCGCUUCCCCAUCUAGUCGGAUGCCAGUGCCCAUGUCUGCGAAGUCCAGGCAGUCGCCAGGGACUACUACUGACAAAGCAGGAAAACAGCAAAAGCUACAGGACAGCGCUCAGAGGCAGUUCCGACAGGCUAACGGAAGCACUAAAAGAGCAGGGGAGGGUCAUAAAACUACUUCCCCUACUAUACCUGCCUCUAAAAUUCCUGCUUUUUAUCCUAGCUCUGCUAAAGGCAGCUCCUCCCAGUCUGCUCCAAACUCAGAUGCUACUAACCCUAUUACCCUUUUCCCCUCUUCCAACUCCUCCUCUUCCUCCCCCCACACCACCAAGUCCUCCAUCCCGUCCCCUCACGCCCCCCGCCACCCUGGCUCAGCCCUCCCCACCUCUUCCCACAUCCCCUCUCUCUCUAACGGUUCCUCCCUCAAACUCCCCAAGCCCUCUCACACAGGUAAAGCUCUCUCGUUCUCCUCGCAGACUCAAAACGGCCGAGCACCCUCCUCUUCCUUCUCCUCCUCCUCCUCCUCCCCCUCCCCUCUGUCGCCCACCCCGUUGGGCCCCGGUGUGAAGAGCAUCCGUACCAUACACACCCCCAGCUUCACCAGCUACAGGCCCCAGAAUGGCAGCAGCGGCAAAUCCUGCAUCCCAACCGCCACAGCAGCCAAGGACUCCACUUAAUACAGUAGCCCUGUUUGGGUUACUACUCUCUCUCUCUCUCUCUCUCCCCCCCACCUCUCUCUCUCUCCCCCCCUCUUAGGAGCUAGAUUUAUUCUGUUGUUUAUUGGUUUGUAUUUUGUUGUAAAAAGGGUAAUGGAUGCACUUCCCCAACCAUUCAUAUUUCAAUUUGAUUUGUCACUGACAUUCUCACACUGAUGUUUUAAGUUGCAUUUUCCUUUGGCUGAUGCUUUGAACUUGAAUCCUGGAUUUUAAAAAGGUGUAUUAGAGUACUGAGAAAAUUAUUUUAAAGAUAAAAAAAUAAAAGAUUUUUCUGACUAUCUAAGAAAAUACAGUUGAUGUACAAUCACUAUUACCGUGUAAAAAAAAAAAAAAAAAGUUUUAUUUUUGAAAACCAGAGACUGGAUAACCAUAGUAUAUCUUCAUCUUACACUAUUUCUUGUGUUCUCAUUCAGUAUAGCCCUUGUAAAUGCCUUUUAUGAAUGUAUACUGUAAGUAUACAGACGUUUAAAGUGGAAUUGCGUUGACUUGACUUCUAUUUUGCUAAGACUAUUUUCUCAUAUAGUUAUCCAUGCACUGCCAAUGUAUUUUUUUAGGAGAUUUAUGAGAUUUAUCAGUUAUUUCUGUAGUUAUUGUGCCUACUUGCCAAAGUUAUGUCAUUUCCUGACUGUUUUACUGUAAUCAUGACAUACCAAGUGGAAACUCUACACAUACACUCAAGGUGUGAUGGCUGACGUCUUUACCUUCAAUAGCUUGACUGGAGGUCUAUGUUUCCUACGUUGAUGUUUAUCGAUGUCUAAAUGUAUACAGUACUAAAAACAAAAGAAAUUCACAAAAUGCUCUCGCAAGUGUACAUAAAUGCUUCUAAUAAGAACCUUUAGUAGUUUUGUUAACAUACCAAAGUUUAUUUGUAUGCAUGCCUUUUAAGAUACUUUAGGAGAGUGAUUCAUGUUAAAGAAUUAUGUUUGCACAGAUAGAUUUUGUAAAUAUUUGGUUUGCUCUCAUUUUUGUAAAGCUUUAAACCAUACUACAUAAAAGGUAAAGAAUUGUGUUGGACUAAAAACAAUAAAGGUCUGCAUGCUUGUAAUGCAUUUAA